CUGUCGCCAACAAAUACAUCGCGACCAUUCCAUCGACUGAUUCAGUAUCUAGGAGCGAAAGCAAUUAUUCUUUAAGGACAUAAUUGACAGUUAAUUCUAAGAAUUCUCAGAUGCUUGUUUUGAUAGGUACUCUUUGUACAUAAAAAUAUGAUUUGAUGGGCAGUUAUAUAAAAGGAACAUAUGAACAAAUUUUCAAUAUCUUAUUCAAAUUCUCUUUUAUUGGAAGACAGAUAUCCCGAUGGUGAUAUCGUACAUGACAGGGAUGGACGCGACUCCCAAAAGAAAAACCAAAACCCACUGGUUUUGCUACAACAGUGCAUAUUACAAAGUGAACAGAUCUGGUGAUGAACAGGACGAAGUUGAAGAGAAAAAGACACGGGAAUAUAUGGCAAAAUACAUGGCUAACUAUAGAGCCCACCGGAAGGGCAUGUCACCGGACGAGGUGGCUGACUACUAUACUAACUGGGCUGAAAAUAAAAAAUACGAACAGGAUUUAAACCCGGGAACAUAUAACGGACCAACUAUCAUUGCAGACGAAAUGGCAAAUUGUUUUCCUGAAAACAGAGAUAAAAUUAAAGUUAUGGACAUUGCUUGUGGAACUGGCCGUGUCGGAGAAGAGUUAGCUGCAUUUGGCUUUAAAAAUAUCGACGGGCUGGAUCCAUCAGAAGGGAUGUUGAAACAGUGCAGAAAGAAAGACAUCUACAAGAAACUUUUUCGAGAAUUUUGCUGUGAUAAAAUGCUUCCCAUUGAUAACGGUGUAUAUGAUAGUCUGGUAGUAGCUGGUGGUAUGGGGGAGAGUCAUAUUCCUUGUACCGGAAUACUAGAAAUGAUCCGAAUAGUAAAACCAGGCGGAUUGAUUUUAAUAGUGAUGCGGAAAGAAUAUUUGAAAUAUGUAGGCGAGUAUGUGGACAAACUUGAACCUUUCUUCGAUAAACUGGUACAUGAAAACAAGAUUGAAAUGCUUGACAGAAGGGAGGUAACUAACUACUCCUUCGACAGAGAUGGCGUGCUUUUUAAAUUCAAAGUGAUCAAGAAUGAUAUAUAAACGUUUUGUUAUAUAAGCGUGGCGCUAUAUUAAAUAUUGACCUUUUUCCUAAUGGAACUCACUGUAUAGGCAUACUUGUAUAUACAAUUGUUUUGUGAAAAUGUCGAAAAUUGCAUCAUGAAGGUGUGUUAUGACUUUAUCUAAAGCCUCGGUCUCACUUACUCCCGGCAGAGCCCAGGACCAUCCCGGUAAGUUACCGGGAUGAUCCGGGACGAUCCGGGAUGAAAUUAUUGUUGCGGUCACACUUACCCCGGCAGCACUACGGUAGUUCCCUACUAACCACCCAGGAUGCGCUCCGGAUCAUCCAGGCAGAGCCCAGGUGAAGCUACGGUUCAUGCCGGUGCUUCCCCGGUCGUUCCCGGAUGACGCCGGAAGAGCCCCGGUUGACCCAGGCAGAGCCCCGGUCGAUCCGGGCAGAGUCCCGGCAGAGCCCAGGACGAUCCAGGCAGAGCCCCGGUAGAACCCCGGUGGAUUGAAAACGCCCGAAAAUGAUAACAUUGAUACAUAAUUUUUAU